CACUCUCUAACUCUUUGUCUCUUUCUCUCUCUAACUCUUUGUCUCUCUCUCUACCUUCCAUUCCAUAUGCCCACCGAAGCAAACAAUCAUGAUGAAACACCCUCUGCACCCAGCACUCCGGAAAAGCAUAAUUUCUCUCCCUCAUCAAAACCUUCUUUCUUCCCUUAAAUUUACCUCUCUUAUUAACACAUAUUCUGACUCACCCUUUACCACCUUCACCACACCAAACCCAUAACCAUGAAACCUCCUUUUCCUCUCCCAAUUCUCACCACCUUCUUCAUCUCGUUCUUUCUCCAAACAUUAUUCACACUAGUCCUCUCUGCAACACCAUCACCAUCUCUUCCAUUUCAGCUUAUUGCUCUCCUCUCUCUAAAAUCCUCCCUUAAAGACCCUCUCUCCACCUUCCAUGACUGGGACCCAACUCAGGCCUUCUCCAACCAAGACCCCAUUUGGUGUUCCUGGUCAGGAAUCAAAUGCCAUUCAUCCACACCAAGAAUAACAAGCCUCGACCUCUCUCGUCGCAAUCUCACCGGCGCAAUCCCACCCGAAAUCCGCUACCUUUCGAGCUUGACGCACCUUAACUUGAGCGGCAACGGCUUUGAUGGACCGUUCCAAGCCGCCAUUUUCGAACUCGCCGAGCUCAGAGUUCUUGACAUUAGCAGAAACAACUUCAACUCCACUUUCCCACCGGGAAUUUCGAGGCUUAAGUUCUUGAGAGUGUUCAAUGCUUACAGCAACAGCUUCACCGGCGCGUUGCCGCGAGAAUUUGUCCACCUACGUUUUCUUGAGCAGCUUAACCUUGGAGGAAGCUACUUCAAUGGAAGUAUUCCAACGGAUUACGGAAGUUUUCAAAAGUUGAGAAGUUUUUACUUGGCUGGGAAUUGGCUCAACGGAUCAGUACCACCUCAAUUAGGCUUGUUAUCGCAGCUCGAGAGACUAGAAAUCGGAUACAAUGCCUUCUCCGGCGGGCUUCCGAAAGAAUUCGGACUGUUAUCGAAUCUCAAGUACUUAGACGCCUCCAAUGCCAAUCUUUCCGGACCUAUCGCCGCGGAGCUCGGCAACUUAACGAAGCUGGAGACGCUGCUACUUUUCGAGAAUCGGCUUUCAGACAAAAUCCCGGUGAGCUUCGGAAACCUUGAAGCCCUCAAGGUGAUCGAUUUAUCGGAUAAUAGGCUGACGGGAGCCAUCCCGGGAGAACUCUCGAAGUUGAAAGAGCUAACUCUGAUGCACAUCAUGAAAAAUAAUCUGACCGGAGAGAUACCGCAAGGAAUCGGCGAGCUUCCGAACCUGGAAAUCCUGCUUCUCUGGAACAACUCCUUAACGGGGAUAAUCCCUCAGCAGCUUGGAUUCAGCGCGAAGCUGACGAAAGUCGACCUGUCCACGAACUCGCUCACGGGUCCGAUCCCGCCAAAUAUUUGCAACGGAAACAAGCUUGUCAAGCUCAUUCUCUUCUCCAACAGGUUAGUCGACUCGCUCCCGAGCUCGUUACCAAACUGCAGUUCUUUAGCUCGUUUCAGAAUCCAGAACAACAACAUCAACGGCUCGAUCCCUUCCGGUUUCGGCCUCAUGCCGAGCCUGAGCUUCGUCGAUCUUAGCAGCAACAACUUCACCGGUCCGAUCCCGGAGGAUCUCGGCAAUGCGGUGGCGAUCGAGUACCUCAACAUCUCCCAAAACCCCUUCAACGUGACCUUGCCGGACAACAUCUGGAACGCGACCAAUUUGAAGAUUUUCUCGGCCAGUUCUUGCAGACUCAGCGGUAAAAUUCCGGAUUUUGUUGGUUGUAGAAGCAUGUACAAGAUGGAAUUGCAGGAUAAUUCGUUUGAUGGUAAUGUUCCUUGGGAUAUCGGGCACUGCGAGAAGCUGAUUUCCUUAAAUCUAAGCAGAAAUUCCCUCACGGGAAUUAUCCCCUGGGAAAUUUCAACUCUCCCGUCGAUCACUGACGUCGAUCUUUCUCAUAACCUCCUCACCGGAACGAUUCCGUCGGAUUUCGGAAAGUGCAGCACUCUGGAGACCUUCAACGUCGCAUUUAAUAGGCUUACAGGUCCGAUUCCGGUGACCGGAGCGGUCUUCCCGAACCUUCACCCGUCAUCGUUUUCCGGCAACGAGGGAUUAUGCGGUAGAGUUCUCGCGAAGCCCUGUGCCGCCGACACGCUCGGUGCCGGCGCCGUUGAGGUCAAGCGGCAGCAGCCGAAGAGGACGGCCGGAGCCGUUGUGUGGAUAAUGGCGGCGGCGUUCGGGAUCGGGCUAUUCGUCCUCGUCGCCGGGACGCGGUGCUUCCACGCGAACUACAGCCGGAGGUUCGACGACGACGACCGCCGUGAGGUGGGGCCGUGGAAGCUGACGGCUUUCCAGAGAUUGAAUUUCACGGCGGAUGAUGUAUUGGAGUGUUUGUCGAUGAGUAAUAAGAUCCUGGGGAUGGGGUCCACGGGGACGGUGUACAAAGCUGAGAUGCCAGGUGGCGAGAUCAUAGCGGUGAAGAAGCUGUGGGGGAAGCAGAAGGAGAUCAGACGGCGGAGAGGGGUGCUGGCGGAGGUGGAGGUGUUGGGAAGCGUGAGGCACAGGAACAUAGUGAGAUUGUUAGGGUGCUGCAGCAACAGGGAGUGCACGAUGCUGUUGUACGAGUACAUGCCAAACGGAAACUUAGACGAUCUGCUGCAUGGCAAGAACAAGGCCCAGAAUUUGGCUGCGGAUUGGGUUACCAGGUAUAAGAUUGCCUUGGGAGUGGCUCAGGGGAUUUGCUAUCUUCACCACGACUGUGAUCCGGUCAUCGUCCACCGCGAUCUCAAGCCAAGUAACAUCUUGUUGGACGGCGAGAUGGAGGCCAGGGUGGCGGAUUUCGGUGUGGCCAAGAUCCAGUGCGACGAGUCCAUGUCUGUCAUCGCCGGUUCAUAUGGCUACAUUGCGCCAGAGUAUGCUUAUACCUUACAAGUUGACGAGAAGAGUGAUAUUUACAGCUAUGGGGUGGUUUUGAUGGAGAUUUUAUGCGGGAAAAGAUCGGUGGUCGCCGAAUUUGGCGACGGGAACAGCAUUGUGGAUUGGGUGAAGACAAAGAUUAGGACUAAAGGUGGGAUAGACGAGAUUUUGGACAAGAACGCCGGGGCGGCGUGCUCGCCGGUGAGGGAGGAGAUGAUGCAGACGCUGAGAAUUGCCAUGCUAUGCACCAGCCGGAACCCGGCGGACAGGCCGUCCAUGAGGGACGUGGUGCUGAUGCUGCAGGAGGCCAUGCCCAAGAGGAAGUUGCCUGAGUCGCAUGUAAUAUGCAUUGGUGGUGAUAGUAAUGGGAGUGAUGAUAUUCCUUUGCCACAAAAAUUACCAGCCGCGGACUGUAAUUAAUAUGAACGAAUAUUACUAAUUUUAAGGGGGUUUCUCCUUUUUUUUUUUUUUCCUUGGGCUUUUUGGGUUUUUUGGGGGGUUUUUUUUUUUUUUUGGUUAUUUUUCAAAUGAUGGGGGGAUUGGUAUAGGAGAAGUGAUUUCUUAUUUUAUUUUCAAUGGAAUCUCGAUCAGGUGUUAUAUUGUUC